UCGCUCCGCUCAUUCAUUCAGCCGGUGUCGCGCGGACGAGCACAAUGUCAUAGCACGGCUGGCGCGCGCGACGAGCCACGGAACGCCCACUUAUCGCCUCACUGCAGCGUUAACGCGUUAUUAAUGGGACUCGCGCGACUGUUUGAGUAAUUCCUGCGGGUUUUUGGUUGCAUUUUGGGGAGCAUUGAAGCCGCGCGCGCGUGAAUCACCUUCUCCAGUUUGGUGCACCGGACCGACCCAUGAUGUGAUUGAAAGAAACCCAACUCUGCCUGUAGGGGGAGACAGAGAGCUUGUUCCAGUUUUAUUAUUUUUAACAGAAUUUUCCGAGGAUGGAGUUACAACACAGCUCUUCGUUUGGACUUCGUUCCAAAUUAAACUCCAGGAUCGUCGCCUGCUUGUGGUUUUUCACGUCGUCUGUUUGGCCGAACUCUUGCUUCGGACAAACCACGAACACUUUCCAGUCAGACCGGAGGGACUGGAGCUUUAGUCACCUCGCUGUCCACCAAUCAACUGGUACAGUUUACGUAGGCGGAGUCAACCGCAUCUACAAGCUUUCGCCCGAACUCAAUCUUCUGGUGACCCACAACACCGGGCCUGAGCAGGACAACCAGGCGUGCUACCCCCCUCUGAUAAUGCAGCCGUGCUCUGAACCGCUGUCGUACACCAACAACGUCAACAAGCUGCUGCUAAUCGACCACUCGCAGAACCGGCUGCUCGCCUGCGGGAGUCUUUACCAGGGCGUCUGCAAGCUGCUGAGGUUGGACGACUUGUUUGUGCUGGCAGAACCGUCGCACAAGAAGGAGCACUACUUCUCCAGCGUGAACCGUACCGGCGGCAUGUGCGGCGUCAUCGUGAGCCACCGUGAUUCCAGAGAUUCCCGAAGUUCCCGCGGAGAUGCGACGCUCUACAUCGGCACAGCCGUCGGAGGAAAGCAGGACUACUUCCCUACCAUCUCAGCUCGGAAGCUUCCGAGAGAUCCCGAAUCUGCUUCCAUGCUGGAUUACGAGCUUCACACGGACUUCCUGUCGUCACUAGUCAAGAUUCCCUCGGAUACGCUAGCUCUAGUCACCCAGUUCGACAUCUACUACAUCUACGGCUUCUCAAGCGGUGACUUCGUCUACUUCUUAACCGUUCAACCAGAGACUUCCGACGCCGGCGGUUCGCCCGCCGAGCUCUUCUACACCUCGCGCAUCGUACGACUCUGCAAAGGAGACAACAAGUUCCACUCGUACGUCUCGCUUCCCAUUGGCUGCGUCCGCAAAGGGGUGGAGUACCGGCUGCUGCAGGCGGCGUACCUGGCGAAGGCCGGCAGCGUCCUCGCCAAGGCGCUGAACGUGAGUGAACCGGACGACGUGCUUUUCGCCGUCUUCUCUAAAGGACAGAAACAGUACCAGAGACCGUCCGACGACUCGGCGCUCUGCCUCUUCACCAUCCGAGACAUCAACGCUCGCAUUAAGGAGAGGCUGCGCUCCUGCUAUCAGGGCGAGGGCAACCUGGAGCUCCACUGGCUGCUGGGGAAGGACGUCCAGUGCACCAAAGCGCCGGUCCCCAUAGAUGACCAUUUCUGCGGUUUGGACAUUAACCAGCCUCUGGGUGGCUCUGAGCUCGUCACUGGACACACCGUUUACACUGAAACGUCCGAGCGACUGACGUCUGUCUCCGCUUACAUCUACAACGGCUACUGCAUCGCCUUCCUGGGCACUCGGGCCGGAAACAUCCGGAAGGUGCGUGUGGAUGGGUCAGUAGGAGCUGUGUAUGAGACGGUUCGGGUGAUGAAGGACGGAAGCUCGAUUCUGCCGGACAUGGCCUUCUCCCUCAACCACCACCACCUCUACACUGUCAGCCAAACACAGGUGACCCAGGUGCCGGUGGAGUACUGUGAGCAGUACAGCAGGUGUGUGGAGUGUUUGAGCUCAGGAGACCCUCACUGCGGCUGGUGUGUUCUCCACAACAAGUGUAUGAGGCGGGACAGGUGUGAGCGAUCAGAUGAGCUGUUUCGAUUCGCUGAUGAGAUUGAGCGAUGUGUUAAAGUCACCGCCCACCCGGACAGCAUCGCCAUGUCCGAACACAGCGUACCGCUGCUGCUGGAGGUCAGUAACGUUCCUGAUCUCUCUGCUGGGAUCAGCUGCUCAUUUGGGAACCUUGCCGAGGUCGAAGGUCACGUGAACGAGAACAGGGUCAUGUGCCUCUCUCCGACCGCCAGAGAAAUCCCGGUCAUACCUGCAGAUCAAGACUGGUCAGGUGUGGAGUUGAAGGUGAUUUCUAAAGAGACGGGUCAGAUGGUGGCCAGCACUGAGGUCAAAUUCUACAACUGCAGUAUGCACAGCAUGUGUUUAUCGUGUGUAAGCAGUGCUUUCCGCUGCCACUGGUGUAAAUAUAGAAACACCUGCACACACGACCCGACCAGCUGCUCCUUCCAGGAGGGACAUGUCAACGCGUCGGAGUUCUGUCCUCAACUGGAGCGAGGGGGGGAGAUAGUGAUCCCGGCGGGGGAGAUCAGACCCAUCACGCUGAGGGCCCGGAACCUCCCGCAGCCGCAGUCGGGACAGAGGGGCUACGAGUGUGUCCUGCACAUCCAGGGGGUCAGCCACAGAGUAACGGCCCUGCGCUUCAACAGCACCAGCGUACAGUGCCAGAACAGCUCUUACGUGUAUGAGGGGUUAAAGCUCAGUGAGCUGGCUGUGGAUCUGUCCAUCGUGUGGAACAGCAAUUUCAUCAUCGACAAUCCAGAGAGAAUUAAAGUGCAGCUGUAUAAGUGCAGUGCUCAGAGGGAGAGCUGUGGGAUGUGUCUGAAGGCUGACCGACGGUUUGGUUGCGGUUGGUGUGCCGGAGAGAGCCGCUGCACUCUGCGGAAACACUGCCCCUCGCUCGCCGGGCGCUGGCUGGAGCCCUCCGGACACAACAGCAAGUGCACACACCCACGAAUCACAGAGGUGACUCCUCUAACUGGACCUCCAGAGGGUGGUACGUUGGUGACCAUUCGUGGUGUGAACCUGGGCAUGACCCUGUCGGAGCUGCAGGGCCGGGUGGAGGUAGCAGGAGUACCGUGUUCAGCUCAGUCUGAAGGAUACAUCACCGCUGAGCAGGUGGUGUGUGAGAUGGACUCUACAGCGGUCAGCAGUAGACCCGGUCCGGUUCAGCUGUGUGUGGGAGAAUGCAGGCCAGAACUCCGCACACUCUCCUCUCAGCUCUACACAUUUGUGACCCCCAGUGUGUUGGGGCUGACCCCGGCCCGUGGACCUGUUUCUGGAGGGACUAAAGUGACCAUAGUGGGGGAUCACCUGGACUCGGGCAGCAGCGUGCACAUUCGCUUCGGCAACGAAACCUGCGAGUUUUACAGGCGGAGCUUCAGUGAAAUCGUGUGUUUCUCGGCACCCUCUGUUGGCGGGGAGGGGUCGGUGGACGUGCGGGUCAACGUGGACCAAGCUGAACUCAGCAGCACACUGACCUUCCAGUACAUCGAGGACCCAACAGUACAGCGCAUAGAACCAGAAUGGAGCAUCACCAGUGGUCACACCACCCUGACUGUGACGGGCACUAACCUGGAUGUUGUGCAGGAGCCUCGAGUUCGAGUCAAAUACGCUGGACACGAGUCAGUCAAUGUGUGUAAAGUGGUGAACACUACCACUAUCAGCUGCUUUGCUCCGUCUCUGAUGGCGGAUCUCGCUCCGGGUCAGGACUCAGUAAAACAUGCUGAUGAGUUCGGCUUCGUCUUUAAUAACGUCCAGGCCCUGCUGACCUUCAACAGCACCAGCUUCAUCUACUACCCCAACCCCUCCUUCGAACCCCUCAGCCUGACUGGAGUCCUGGAGCAGAAACCCGGGUCACCCAUCAUCCUCAAAGGCAGGAAUCUGGUGCCACCAGCUUCUGGAGGAUCCAGACUGAACUACUCUGUUUUAGUGGGGGACACACCGUGUCCCGUCACCAUUUCUGAGCAUCAGCUGCUGUGUGAACCUCCUGCACUCAGUGGCCAACACAAAAUAACGAUUCAGGUUGGUGGUCUCCUGGUGUCUCCCGGUUCGGUUCAGAUCCAGUCUGACAGUCUGCUCACCCUGCCGGCCAUCUUCAGCAUCGCCGCCGGCGGAGGACUGCUCUUCAUCAUCGUCAUCCUUGUCCUCAUCGCUUACCGCCGCAAAUCACACGAGAACGACCUCACACUCAAACGCCUGCAGAUGCAGAUGGAUAACCUGGAGUCCAGAGUGGCUCUGGAGUGUAAAGAGGCAUUUGCAGAGCUGCAGACGGAUAUAAACGAGCUGACGAGUGAUCUGGACCGGGCUGGAAUUCCGCACUUGGAUUACCGCACUUACACCAUGAGGGUCCUGUUUCCUGGCAUGGACGACCACCCAGUGCUCCGAGAACUGGAGGUGGCAGGCUGUGGGCAGCAGCGUGUGGAGAAGGCUCUGAAGCAGUUCGCUCAGCUGGUGAACAACAAGACGUUCCUGCUGACGUUCAUCCGGACGCUGGAGCUGCAGCGCUCCUUCUCCAUGCGAGACCGAGGGUACCUGGCCUCGCUCAUCAUGACGGCCCUGCAGGCCAGGCUGGAGUUCGCCACCGACCUCCUCAAACAGCUGCUCUCUGACCUCAUUCUGAAGAACAUGGAGAGCAAAAACCACCCUAAGCUGCUUCUGCGCAGGACAGAGUCAGUAGCUGAGAAGAUGUUGACGAAUUGGUUUGCUUUUCUGCUUCACAAGUUUCUGAAGGAGUGUGCUGGGGAGCCUCUCUUCAUGCUGUACUGUGCUAUAAAGCAGCAGAUGGAGAAAGGUCCUAUAGAUGCCAUUACUGGAGAAGCUCGUUAUUCCCUCAGCGAAGAUAAACUCAUCCGCCAGCAGAUAGAGUACAAAACACUGACUCUGAGCUGUGUGAACCCCGAUAAUGAGAACAGUGCUGAGAUCCCAGUCAAAGUGUUGAACUGUGACACCAUCACUCAAGUGAAGGAGAAGAUUCUGGACGCCGUUUAUAAAAACAUCCCCUAUUCCCAGAGACCGCGGGCGGUGGAUAUGGACCUGGAGUGGCGUCAGGGUCGUACGGCGCGUGUGGUUCUACAGGAUGAGGACAUCACCACUAAGAUCGAAAACGACUGGAAACGACUGAACACACUCGUGCACUAUCAGGUUUCAGAUCGGUGUGUUGUUGCUCUGGUGCCAAAGCAGACUUCCUCUUACAACAUCUCUACAUCAGCCAGCUUCCCACGCAGCUUCAGCAGAUACGACACGGUUCUUCGCUCUGCGUCGGCUGGCAGUCCGGAGAGCAUGCGCUCGCGGGCCCCGAUGAUCACUCCGGAUCUGGAGAGCGGAGUGAAGGUUUGGCAUCUGGUCAAAAACCACGAGCACGGAGACCAGAAGGAGGCCGAACGCGGCAGCAAGAUGGUGUCUGAAAUCUACCUGACCCGACUACUGGCCACCAAGGGGACGCUGCAGAAGUUUGUGGAUGAUCUGUUCGAGACCUUGUUCAGUACAGUCCACCGCGGCAGCGCCCUCCCGCUGGCCAUCAAAUACAUGUUUGAUUUCCUGGAUGAACAGGCAGAUAAACACGGCAUCCACGACCCCGAUGUGCGGCACACGUGGAAGAGCAACUGUCUUCCUCUGCGCUUCUGGGUGAACGUGAUCAAAAACCCGCAGUUUGUGUUCGACAUCCAUAAAUCCAGUAUAACAGACGCCUGUCUGUCUGUGGUGGCUCAGACCUUCAUGGACUCCUGCUCCACAUCGGAACAUCGCCUGGGAAAAGACUCGCCCUCCAAUAAACUGCUCUACGCUAAAGACAUCCCACACUACAAGAGCUGGGUGGAGCGGUACUACGCUGACAUAAGCCGCCUGCCAGCCAUCAGCGAUCAGGACAUGAACGCGUAUCUGGCGGAGCAGGCUCGUCUCCAUUCACACGAGUUCAACAUGCUGAGCGCCCUGCACGAGAUCUACGCCUACGUCAGCAAAUACAGCCAGGAGAUAAUAGACGCUCUGGGGCAGGACGAGGUGGCCCAGAAACAAAGGCUGGCCUACAAGCUGGAGCAACUCAUCACUACCAUGGCAAAUGAAAGCUGAUCUGAGAUCAGAACUGGAGAACAGACAGACGCAGGUCAUCUUCUGAUCGGACGAGGGAAAAGUGACCAGCGGAGCACAGAGACACCCUUAAUCUCACCACAAAAAGAGGGAAUGAGCGCUGGACUUCCAGACUUUCCAGGUUUUACUGCUCACUUGGACAGCUCCAUCUGCUGCACGCUGGAGGAAAUGGCUUUAAUGGAGAGGCUUCUGCUACUGGAGCUUCAGAAACAUUCACAUUAACCCAGACAGAGUCAGAAGAAAAUGUCUGAGAGGAAAUAUGAUGGACAAGAGGUGGAUGAGGACAUGCGUAAUGAUGAAAAAAUAUUUAUUUAUAACUUCGUUACACCCUUAGGUCUGCGGAGGGGUCUGGUUUACAGUAUGCAUGGUGGAAAGAUGCCCCUAUUUAUGCAUUCAUAUUUGUCUGUGAUUUUUUUUUAAUUUAUGUUCAAUCCAUCCUGUAACCCAAAGCUGUUCUGAUCCUGAAAGUGGAAUACUAAUCCCAGCAGCAGUCCCACAUCCAUCGUAUUGCCAUGUGUAUGCAAGCUGUUUCAUUCCAACUGAUCAUUCUGCUGUACAACCAGUGAAUAAGCUCAGAAAUCAUGUAAAGGUAAAUCACAGGUGUUUGUGUGUGUGUGAGAUAUGUUAACAGAAGGGAGUCAAUUCUUUGUGUGAAGUAUUUUAUUUAUUUUAUGACAGAUUUAUGGUAUUAACUGUAAGGCAGAGAAAUGUGCAGUACCACAAUUCUCCCCUAGAGGUCACUGUUUACAUCAUUAUUACUAUACUUGAAAACAAAGACUUUUUAUCAACAGAAGCUCUUCUUCUUGUGUUGCUGUACCAACGAGCUUCCAACCUUUUUCCUUAUUUUUUGUUUUUAUACAUACAUUAUGAUAUGUUUUUUUUUUUUGUGUGGGUGAUUGUGUCUAUUGAAGCAUGCCAUAAUCACUUAAUUACUGUAAUAAUCCUGAUACUCAAAAUCUCACCAAAAUAAUUAUUGAAAAGGAUUCAAAUGUACAGUUUUACAAUUAAACACAUACAUACCCAUAUACAUACGUCCACACACCCAAACAAAGACACACAUCUGUAUAUUUGUCUAGCAUCCUCCCAUCCCGUUUUCACCACAAGAGUCAAUCUGUUGAUCAGAAAGUGGAAGAAAAAAAAAAAGAACAUUAUUUAAAAUAUAUUUAUCCAGUGAACUUGUGUAUUAUUUAGCACAUUUGUGUGUUUGCUUGUAUUCUUCUCAGAUGUGUGCCCCUCAUUCUGCACCUGUUCAGGUUUACGUUACCAUCCAGGCUGUAUUUUUUUCAUGCUUUUGUGCGCCGGCCACAGUUCAGCUAGACAGAAAGAUUUAAAGCUGCUGUAGCAGAUGAUGUUAAAUGUUUAACAGUAAAAAAGUUGAACACGGUACAAAAUGUAAAACCAAGCAAAGCCAGUUCAAGUCCAGAGUCUAACAACACAUUAAAAACUGUCUGUAUAAACAUUUUCCUUUUUUACAGCUGAAUAUUAUUGUGUAUUUAAAUUGUAAAUAGUAUACAUUCCUAUUUUACGAUGAUUCACUUUGUACUGUUGUAAUAAAUUAAUAAAUUCAACAAUUCAAAAUGCCCCAAUCA